CAAGGCAUGCUAAUGUCCUUUUUCAACACUGUCACCCAAGCCAAUCUGGCUAACUCCUCUCAUCAUGUCUGCUCCUCUUCAAUGACCGACAUGUUGCUUUCCCAUGAGGAGGAAUAAAACUUAAUCAAGCUCUCCCCACCAAAAAACGGCUGGAUUACAGGAUAUUACAGUAUACAAAGUUUUUGACUGAAACGGAUAUCACACCUACCAACGCUUGCCAGAUACCCCGGUACCACCUGGAAUUUCUAUUCGGACCGAAGUUUAUUCUAGUGUAGACGCGUCAACGGACCUUAUACUAAAACAGAUUGAAACGGAUCUCAUGUUUGACAUGGAAAAUCUGAAAUAUGUUACAGGAAAAACAUAAGAGAAAUAAUAAAUAAUUGAUGUUCCUAAAACAAAGGGUCUUUACCCUAGUCUUCGAGGAAAAGGUGCUUUCACCGAAGAAAUCUACAGUCCAGGACCUUCAAGUGGAUCUGUGAACAGCCAGAAUGAAAUGGGAGAAGUUUAAGCCUCCAGAGCCAGACGAUCCCAUGUGCUGUUGUGAGUGUGAUUUGGACCCACAUGAAUGCUGCUGUGACUGUGACGAUCUGGAUGAAGCUUGCAGCAGGUGGCUGAAGGGUAAGCCUCAGAAACCUGACUGUGCGUUGCCUGUGUUUGGUGCCGUGAUGGACCGGCUGAGGUUGAGACUGUUAUCAGGGGACAGGCGGGUGGAGAUCUCCAUGGUCCCAGCUCUAGUGCUGCUUCCCCUGCUACUGCGGCUGGCAGCCCUGCACUUCCUGCUGGGCCUGGUCAUUCUGACAGCCCUGCCUGGCCUGGUUCUGUGGUACUACUACACCACACACAGGAAGAAGGGCCGCACCCUCUUCUUCCUCAGCCUGGCACUCUUCUCCCUAGCCUACAUGUACUUCCUCUUCAUCACAGAGAUCCUACCUCGUGGGGACGUAAGUCACCUGCAGCUGGUGACCGUGACUACGGGUGUGGUUCUUACUCUUAUCUCUCUUGUGCGCACCAAGAGGGGGCCAGGCUUCGUGCAGCCUUCCCUGGCUGACACAGACAGCACCAGCACCAAUCAUUACCAACUGCCUGACAAAGACUCUGCCUCUCAGAAUGGAGUGGACCAGUCGGUGGUGCCAGCCCCCCCAGCCAGACCAGUGGAACAGCAGACACAGUCCCUGAAAGCAGAGGGGGCCAGGUGUCCUCUGUGCAAAGUGGUGCGUCCCCCUCGGGCGGGACAUUGCCGGAUCUGUGGAGGCUGUGUCCAGCGCCUGGACCACCACUGUAUCUGGCAGGAUAAACAGCUGUGUGGGCCAGGCCAAUCAUCGCAGCUUCCUGCUGACCCUGCUCCUCUUCCUGUUGACCUCUCUGUAUGGGAUCAGUCUGGUGCUGCGCAGCGUGUGUCCUCAACAGAACCUGCUCACCGCCCUGCUCUACUGCCCUGGCGUCUACAGUCAGUACAGCUCAGCCCUGUGCUUCACCUGUGCCUGGUACAGCAGUAUUGUCACAGCAGGCCUGCUAAACCUGCUGGUGCUGCAAAUGAUCAAUAUCAGCUACAAUGUGACGGAGCGGGAGGCACAACUUGCACUGCGGAAGAAAAAUGGCCAGAGUCGUCCGUGUGGCCUCGUUGUCGACACAGGGGUCUACUCACGUGGCUUCUGCCAGAACUGGGCUGAAUUCCUGGCCAUGGGAGAGCCUGUUGAUAGACCAUCCUCCGUCCUCACUGACUUGGUUUAGCCUUGGCUUAACACCAUGCCACUCUGCCUAAGCAGGUCAACCUUGCUGGGUUUCAACUGGCAAUGCCUUUUCUCAGCCAUGCUGCUGGUGAGCUGUGUUGCUUUAGGGACUGUGAGAUGCUCUGGAACUCGACAUAUUGCAACUCAGAGGUGUUCAUUUUUAAUUGUUAUAGACCUCUACAUUCCAAACACUCCAGUUAGAGAAAAUAACCAUGAUCCUCCAGGUUGUCAUGGAUAUGACACUCUUAAUAUUAGUUAUGUAAUAGCAUGGUGUUAAUAUAAAGGGUUGCUCUGACUAAUAGGAUUUUAUGUUUUAACCUCUGACAAAUAUCUGUUUGAUUUUGCUGUCACUAUCUUUUUCCAAAAUGAUGUAAAGAUUCGUAACCAUGGUAGACUAAAUAGCAAUAGAUUAAUAGAAAUACAUAAGUUAGAGAACAUGUUUAAGAAACUGUAGACUACUUGACCUGACUAUAAGAUUACUUCAAAGGGAGGAAAGCUCUGCAUGUUCUGACAGAGAUGACAGACACACAUCCUCUCACCCACGCACACAUACACUCUUUGUAGUUGAAGUGCUAUUAUUGUUAAGUUUGAAUGUAUAGUAAAUUAUUUAUAUUUCAACUAUCCUUUUACUUGUAUAAGACUAAGACUCAUCUUCCUUUGUAUCUUGUUUGUUUGUCAUGCCAAUAAAGCAUAUCUUA